AUGAGUCUCGACACAGAUUUUCUGAAGAAUGUGGAGGUGCGGGAGGACGAUGAGCAUGGGACAGUGCUAGUGGCGGUCACACAGAUUUCUUCGGGAAGGAAUAUUGGAGUCAUUGAUAAGAGCACUCCCAACAAUUCCAACGAGAUCCUCCUUCUGAACUUGAUAAAAGAAGCCGACGUCGGAGAGGACGCGAAUAUUUGCAUGACGCAGGUGGAGUUCAAGACCCAUUUCAAAACAAGUCGAAUCAUCGACAUCGGGGAGAGGUUACUUCUGCAGAGGUUGUCAGAGGAAGAGUGUGAUGAGGAGGAUCAGGAUGAGAUUGAGAAUUUGUUGAUAUUAAAGGAUGAUGAUCGACCCGACAGCACCCAAAGCUUCAACAAAUCAAGCAGCGAAGAGAACGGUCUGAUCAGCGGUCUAGAGGAGUACAUUCGAGAGCACGGAGAGCUCGCGCCAGGCCAGACACCUCCUGACGGAUCACACAAGUGUGGCGUUUGCCCGAAAAGUUUUACCAGUGCGAGCGGACUCAAACAACACUCUCACAUUCACUGCUCCCUAAAACCGUUCCGCUGUCACCUCUGCCCCAAAUCCUACACUCAAUUCUCCAAUUUGUGCCGUCAUCGCAGAGUUCAUUCGGACGGCUGGACUUGUCCAUCGUGUCAAACUUCUAUGCCAUCACAAGCGGCACUGACAAAGCAUCGACCGAUUUGUGAAAUGGCUGCUCUAUACAAACCAUUGAUGGCUCAACUGGCUGGACUUAGUACUGGAGGAUCAGCGAAUGCGAUGGCAGCGAUGCCCUAUUGGCCACAUAUUUUGCAGAUGGCUUCGCAGGUGCCUCACUUCCCUCUGGCCUUCCUCGCCGCCAAUCCAGAAGCCUAUGCCAAAAUGAUGCAGCAGACGACGUCGUGCGCGUCUCCAGAUGCCGAGUGUUCGUCGAGCGGCCAUGCCAGCGAGUCUUCCCCACCGAGCACCACUGAACCAGUCGACCUCACCGCUACCCCAAAACCCCCGUCAACAUCAGAAAUGGAGUCAAAAUCAGACGACGGCGAGGACCGUGACAGUAUCGGAGAUUCAGGAAACGAUGAUGACGAUGAUUCAGAAGUUGGAGCACACGAUGAGCUGAUAGCAACGACGACGUCAAACAAGAAGCACGCGAAUCCCCACUCGAUCUCAGCCAUCCUCGCCGCCUCUCAACAGCCACAACUCGGCGCACAGCCGUUGAGUCCGACACAGAUUUUGGCGAUGUUGCAACGUCCGUUCAGUUAUAAUCCAUCUGCCGCUUCUGGUCAUCCGUUUCUCACGGCAAUGGGCGGAGUCAAGGCUUCAUCGUCGCCGAAUUCGAGUGUGAAUGGAGCCGGAAAGGAUAGGUACACGUGCAAGUUUUGUCAGAAGGUGUUCCCGAGGUCGGCGAAUUUGACACGACAUUUGAGGACACAUACUGGAGAGCAGCCGUAUAAGUGUCAAUACUGCGAGCGAAGCUUCUCAAUCUCCUCGAAUCUUCAACGUCACGUCCGCAACAUUCAUAAUAAGGAACGUCCGUUCCGUUGUCGAAAGUGUGAGCGACGCUUCGGACAACAAACCAAUCUCGAUCGACACCUCAAAAAGCAUGAGAUGUGUUCUGAGGAGGCGUGCGGUGGUUCUUCUGGCGACGACGACUGUGAAGUUGCCACAUCUUUAGCCACGUCGUCGUUCACUGACAUUCCGCGUCUUGCCGCCGCUUUUUUGAAUAUUGUUUAG